UCAGGGCAGAACCUUCAGUGGACCAGUAUGGGUUGAAGGGGGAUUCAAUAUGUCUGGCUGUUGCAGAACCUCCUGAGAUGAUCAACGGACUUCAAUGGAGGAAGGACAAUGAUGUAAUAUUUGGAGACAAAGAGAUCUCUCCUAAAUACAAGGAGAAGGUGGACUAUAACAAUGAUAACCAUUCUCUGUGUAUUAAGAAUCUAAUGGAAACUGACAGUGGAAUUUACAUGGUAAACUACAGGAAACAUUGGAAACAAUCAACUACUACAUAUAGACUGUUAGUGGAGGAUCAUGUUCCCAAACCAGUCAUGGAUGUCACAUCUCUCUUCAACACAAGUGUGGGUUGCUGUGAUGUCACAGUGAACUGUUCAGUUAAAGAUGGCUGGAUGUUGUCUGUCUGUGACAGCGGUCAGUGUACACUGUCACAACAGUCUCCGUCACUAACCGGUGGUAACAUGACCAUCUCCGUAUUGACUGGAAGGAUCCAAUGCACCAGCAGCAACCACGUCAGCACACAGACCAUCUCUCAACCCAUGGACGACUGUAGUGGUAAUGUGAAAGCCUCAGUGUUACCAGUUGGCACCAUUGUGGGUUGUGUUUCUGGUACUGGUAUAUUACUCCUAGUUGCUGUGUUUCUUGGUGUUGGAUACAUCAAACAUACCAGAAGACAGAAAAUCUCUAAAGAACAAAGUCAACUAGAAGAGGUCAUUGUUCCAAGAGCAGUGAAGACUUCACCAGGGAGAGAAGAACCACACCACUCUCCUGACCAGAACCACAGCACUCUCCUGACCAGAACCACAGCACUCUCCUGACCAGAACCACAGCCCUCUCCUGUCCAGAACCACAGCACUCUCCUGUCCAGAACCACAGCACUCUCCUGACCAGAACCACAGCACUCUCCUGACCAGAACCACACCACUGUCCUGACCAGAACCACAGCACUCUCCUGUCCAGAACCACAGCACUCUCCUGUCCAGAACCACAGCACUCUCCUGACCAGAACCACAGCACUCUCCUGACCAGAACCACAGCACUCUCCUGACCAGAACCACAGCACUCUCCUGACCAGAACCACAGCACUCUCUUGACCAGAACCACAGCACUCUCCUGACCAGAACCACAGCACUCUCCUGACCAGAACCACAGCCCUCUCCUGACCAGAACCACAGCCCUCUCCUGACCAGAACCACAGCCCUCUCCUGACCAGAACCACAGCACUCUCUUGACCAGAACCACAGCACUCUCUUGACCAGAACCACAGCACUCUCCUGUCCAGAACCACAGCCCUCUCCUGUCCAGAACCACAGCCCUCUCCUGACCAGAACCACACCACUCUCCUUUCCAGAACCACAGCACUCUCCUGUCCAGAACCACACCACUCUCCUUUCCAGAACCACACCACUCUCCUUUCCAGAACCACAGCACUCUCCUGACCAGAACCACAUCACUCUCCAGAGAUACAGACUGUCUACUUCACUGAGAAGAACCAGCACCAGCAGAACAUCUCCAAGUUGAAACAGGAAGCGCUUCUCCAGACAUUAGACCAAAAGAACAGAAUAACUGCCUCUGAACUGCAUCAUCUCAUUGAGUCACUGAGUUACAUCAGUUCUUGACCUUUUACAGAAACCACGGGACAUUGCACCACCUAGUGGACAUCAAUAAUACCAGCAGAGUAAACCUCAUGGCUUCAUUCAUCAACAUGUGUCUAGAUUCAUCAACAUGUUGGGAAGUUGUUUUAGACCAAGAUAUUUACAUGUUCUAGUAUGUGUUAUUACUAUACCACAAAGCCCACGUUUUUCCAGAUUUGUCCAAUCCUAAAUGAACCCCUUGCUCAGGUUUACACCACAUUGAUUGUAGGAUCAGAUAGGUGUACCAGUCAGCAGUAACAUUAGUAUUAGUUCCACCUACCCAUCAAUGUUGUGUAUAUGAGAGGGUAGACUUGACCUAGUCAGGCGACUGUAGAUGGAUUCUUUGACACAUUAAUUGUAUGGUAAACAGUUGAGGGACAGGGCUGGAGAAAUGUAACCACUCUCAAAUGUAUAGGCUAUGGAUGCAAGGACUGACCAUCCAUGAUAUCAAAAUUAUAAUUUUAACCAUGU